GUUUACAAUUGAAAUUGAAAAAUAAAAACAAAUUCAAUUGCUUUCUUAAAUAAAGAUAAAUAAAAUGAACAACGAGAAUAACUCUGAUGUAGUUGACCAUGAAGCAAAAACAAAGCUUCUUGAGGAAGAUAAUGAAAAACUCAAACAAGCGCUUACAGAAUCUCAAAAGCGUGAAAGAUUAUUAUUAAGACGACUACAUUUAAAAGAACAACAAAUUCAAGAUUAUGUGACACAACUAACUGAGUUGAAAGGUUCAAUUCCAGCAAAGAGUAAUUUAGUUGAUCCGGCAAUAAAUUUAAUAUUUAUAAAACUUAAAAAUGAAUUAAAAGCAACAAAAGCAAAGCUUGAAGAUACUCAAAAUGAGCUGACUGCAUGGAAGUUUACUCCAGAUAGUAACACUGGCAAACGUUUGAUGGCAAAAUGUCGCUUGCUCUAUCAAGAAAACGAAGAACUCGGAAAAAUUGUCUCGAACGGUCGUCUAGCGAAGCUCGAAAGCGAUUUAGCACUUCACAGAAAUCUUUGUGAGGAACUUAAACGUUCACAAUCUGAAGUUGAGGGAAUCAUUCAAGAUCUUGACGUCGAUGUUGAAGGCCUCACAUCAACAAUCAUUUUACUACAACAAAAACUCAAAAUGUCAGAUGAAAGAAUCGCUCAACUAGAAUCUGAAAUGAAGGAAAAAGAACCUAAAACAGAGCCUGAGCCUGAAACUGCUCCAGAUGACACAAUAGAAGAACCAGCUUCAAAAAAGCAAUGCAUUGAAGUUGCAGCAAAUUGAGAAACUUUAAUUUCACACUAAUUAAAAGUAAAAUUUUAUUCAUUUUUUGUUCUUAAGUAUUUUAAGUAACAAUAAAAAGUUAUUAAGAACUAACUAA